CUGGAGCAACACAUCAUCUGACCUGCCCAUCUCACUCUCCCCCCCUCACAACCUUAUCAUAACGGCAGCAGCAACAGCUACCAUGUCUGUCCUCCGCUCGGCCCUGCGCCCCAUCGCUCGUCACGCGGCGACUCGCGCCUACGCGACCGCCGCGACUAGCCGUGUCGUCAACGGUUUUGUUGGCGCUGUCGGCAACACGCCGCUGAUCCGCCUCAACAAGGUCUCUGAGGAGACCGGCGCCAACAUCCUCGCCAAGGCCGAGUUCAUGUCGCCCGGCGGCUCGAUCAAGGACCGUGCCGCGCUCUACCUCGUCAAGGACGCCGAGGAGCGCGGGCAGCUGCGGCCCGGAGGCACGGUGGUCGAGGGCACCGCCGGCAACACUGGCAUUGGUCUUGCCCACGUCUGCCGCGCGCGCGGGUACAAGUGCGUCAUCUACAUGCCCGACACGCAGAGCCAGGAGAAGAUCGACCUGCUGCGCAUGCUCGGCGCCGACGUGCGCCCCGUUCCCGCCGUCGCGUUCGACAACGAGAUGAACUACAACCACCAGGCGCGGCGGUACGCCGAGAGCCUGGACAACGCCGUGUGGACCAACCAGUUCGACAACGUUGCCAACCGCAACGCGCACAUCGUGUCCACUGGCCCCGAGAUCUGGGAGCAGACGGGCGGCGGCAAGCUCGACGCGUUCGUCGCGGCCACCGGCACGGGCGGCACACUCGCCGGCAUCACGCGCUACCUCGUCGAGAAGAGCGACGGCCGCGUCGAGAGCUACCUCGCCGACCCGCCCGGAUCGGUGCUGUACAACCUCGUCGAGAACGGCCGUCUCGAGCGCGAGGGUACUGGCUCGAUUACCGAGGGUAUUGGACAGGGCCGUGUGACUGAGAACCUCAAGCCCGACCUCGAGCUCCUGUCUGGUGCCGUCCACGUGCCUGACGCCGAGUCGAUCAAGAUGAUCUACCGCCUGCUCGACGAGGAGGGUCUCUACGUUGGCGCGUCGUCCGCCCUCAACGUCUGGGCUGCGACCCAGAUCGCGAAGAAGAAGGGCCCCGGAAGCACCGUUGUGACUGUGAUCUGUGACGGCGCGUACAGGUAUCAGGCGCGCCUGUUCUCGCGCGUCUGGCUCGAAUCGAAGGGCCUCUUUUCCGCUCUGCCCGAAUCGCUUCACAAGUACGUCGUCCUUCCAUGAGCGACCGUCAGCGACCGUCCGCCACCCCAGCCACCUUCGCACGUACGCAGUGCUUGGGUGAGCGACGGCAACAGGCUGCCAAAUGCAGCGCAAUGUAGAGAGGGAGAGAGCGACUAGCACAGCGUCUUGGUCCCAGUAGUCCACUUUGUGGAAUCAACAUCACUUUGUGGUAUCACUUCACUUUGAGGUAUCAAAAUCACUUUGUGGUAUCAACAUGCAUGUUUACGACAC